AGUAUUAAUUGAUUUUUUUUCCAGGUGUGAAGAAGCUAUUCAAAUGAAUUUAAGCUUUAAUAGCACCAAUGGGACGGACACAUUUGCUGAUGGAUUUUAUCUAGUUGCUUUCAAUUCUUUGGGCAAUAAGAACUACCUGAUACUGGCAUUGGCAAUUAUUUACCUGAUUACUUUACUAUGUAAUUGUACCCUUCUCUCUGUAAUCUGGAUGAACUCCAGUUUACAGAACCCCAAGUUUCUUGCGGUUUGUAACCUCGCUGUCGUUGACAUUUCUAUGAACAGUGUUAUUAUUCCACAGAUGGUUCCUGUAUUUGUAUUCAACCUCAAUCACAUCAGUUUUGAAUUGUGCUUCUCCCAAAUGUUUUUCAUGCACUUUUUUGGUGACAUGGAGUCCUUUUCACUGGCUCUAUUGGCUUAUGAUCGCCUGAUUGCUAUCUGCUUUCCUUUGCGCUACCCUACUAUCAAUACUAAUCUGAGGAUGGUGCUUAUCAUAGCCGGGCUUUGGCUUCUGGUUUUUUUGAUUGAGCUUUACCCUGUAGCUCUGGCCAGUGGUCUGUCCUAUUGUAGAUCAAGGGUGGUGCCAAGCUGUUGUUGUGAGCAUGGCCAGGUUUACAAGCUAGCUUGUGGAGAUACGUCAUAUAACAGGAAUCUGGCAACUACUAAGACGUUAACUGUUCUGUUUGGCCCUCUAACUUUUAUUAUUUGCUCGUAUGUCAUAGUGGUUGUGGCAGUGUUGCGAGUUGCAUCUACAACCCAACGCUGGAAGGCCUUCAACACCUGUCUUACUCACAUGGUUCUGGUGCUUAUUUAUUAUAUGCCAGUCAUUUUGGCUUACGUACUAGGGAACUUGCGAUUAGUGCAAUCAGUUGAUCUUUUCACAACAAUUCUGACAGUGUCCACUACACUGCCGGCCAUGUUAAACCCUAUCAUAUAUAGUCUAAAGACUGAGGAACUGCAAGACAAGUUGCUGAAAUGUUUUAAACCACGUAAAGUGUCACCACAGUUGAUGAAAAAGUGUUAAUUAUUCAAGCAAAG